AUGGUUCAGCUUAUGGGGUCUGAUUAUGAUAAUCACUUCAUUAAAAAAGUUAAACUGGAGGAGUCUCAACAACAAGAUGACGAUGUUCGCGCUAUUCCGAAUAAACGACCUAGAUUUGAUUUCAAUUUGGAUUCUUCUCCCAAGUGUGAUUUAAGCGAUGAUUCGGUUCAGAUUUCACCGGGUUUAUACAACCCUUUGAAUGAACCAAGUCCUCUUGGUUUGCGUUUGAAGAAGAGUCCUUCACUUUUGGAUUUGAUUCAGAUGAGGUUUUCAGAGCAACAUGAUUCUAAUAAGAAAAAUCAGAAGGCGGUUGCUGCUGCUGAUUCUAAACUCAAGGCUUCUAAUUUUCCUACUACUAUUUUGAAAAUUGGAACUUGGGAUGUAAAAUACUAA